GAUUAACAGACACUGGUAGCCGGCACCGGCUUCUAGCUUCGCCGGAAGCCCCUGCAUGGGACAUCGGCCUGAUGCAGGGUUCUGGACACACCAGUCCCCGAAGGAAGCGAAGUUUUCAAAGUGGGCCUGGCGUCCCACUUAUGAGUGUAUAGUUUCAGCCACAAAAAUGUCUGCGCUUCGCAUUCCCUGCGUUUCUGAAGUGGCGUCGACUUCGCCUCGCUGCAUUCCGCAGCUUGCAGCCCGUCGCAGCUUGUCGCGCCGUGCCGGCCGCCGGGCGACAACUCAGGUGCUGAAUUGCGCCGUCAAUCCCAGGUCUACGCCCAGCAUCAACGUUGCAGCCGCACUUGAGGCGCCGACUGCCUCGCGUCUCGCGUCCCCGGCCGGCGUGGCACCAGCUGCAGGCUCGGGAGGCUUUAACAGCGAUAUACUUGGGCUUGGGCAAGCCAUCGUCGACUGGUCCGCCUCCGUCGACUUUAGCUUGCUCUCCACGUUCAAUGUGCCGCUCGGCGGGCGACGCGUCAUCACCGUCGAGGAGCGUGCGUCGGUGAUGGAGACGCUUGAUGAGAUUGGCGCGCCCAGCCAGGUCAGCGCUGGCGGCUCCCUGGCCAACACGCUGGUGGGUGUGGCCCGCCUGGCGCGCGCCGCCGGCAAGGACCUGCGCGUGGCUCUGGGCGGCAGCCUGGGGACGGACACGCUCGGCCAGUACUUUAACUCCCAGCUGCGCAGCGCUGGCGUGCGCUGCCUGCUGGACACGCACCAGCACCACGCGGCGCAGCACGCGCUGCACCCCCAACCCCACGACCAGCACCCCCAGCCCACGCACCCCACCCAGCAGCCCCAGCAGCAGCCCGCGCACUCUGCGCAGCAGCAGCAGCAGCACCCCUCGCCCGAGGGCCACACCGGCACCGUCAUGGUGCUCACCACGCCCGACGCGCAGCGCUCCUUCCUGUCCUUCUUCACCUCGGACCGCCUGGCGCUCAGCGAGCGGCUGCGCUCGGCCGUGCGCGGCUGCCGGCUGGUGGUGAUGGAGGGCUACCUGUGGGAGAUGGAGGGCGCCGAGGCCUACAUGGCCGAGGUCAUCCGCAUCGCACACGCCGCGGGCGCGCAGGUGGCCAUGACGGCCGGCGACCCGGGCGUGGUGGCGCGGCACCGGGAGGAGAUGCUGCGCACCAUUGCGCGCGGCGUGGACAUGGUGUUCACGAACGAGGACGAGGCGGCCAACCUGGCUGGGCUGCCCGGCCCGGCGGCGCUGGCGUCCUCGCCCACCGCCUCGGAGGAGGAGCUGGAGGAGGCGGGCGAGCGGGCGGCGCUGGCGCUGGCGGAGCUGUGCCCCGUGGCGGUGGUGACGGCGGGCAGCAAGGGCAGCUACGUGUGCGCAAUGGGCGAGAUCCACGCCGUGCCGCCGUACUGGCUUCCGCAGGGCCCCGUGGACACGUGCGGCGCCGGCGAUGCCUACAUGGCGGGUUUCACAUACGCCAUGAUGGCGGGGUACGACGCGCGUACGGCGGGCGAGUUCGCCAGCCGCGUGGCGAGCGCCGUGAUCGGGCGGUACGGCCCGCACCUGAGUGACGAGGACGCGGAGGACCUGGUGGGGCAGCUGCCUGAGCACACCGGGCCCAUGCGGGUGGCGCUGGGCGGCGCGGCGGGGCAGCUGGAGCUGGGCGGUGGGGCCGGCGGCUUCUCCUUUUAAAGGGAGGAGACGAAGGUGUGGAGAGGAGCGCGGAGUGGCGAGUGGCGCGUUGGUGCGACGGUGCGGUCCCCGCACCUGCAUUGCAUGUGGCAUGUGCGCUUGGCGCCGCACAGGCGCUGUCCUGGAGAGGGAGCGAGGAAGGGCGCGGGAGGCGGGGGCGUGAGCAGGCACAGGCUGCCGCGCGCGCGGUAAGAGUGAUGGAGAUGGAGUUCGGGUACGAGAGGGCUUGAAUUCAAACGCGUGUCGAGCAGAGUAUGAGCGCUUCUUUUUAUAUUAUUUGCUGCGGCUGCUGCUGGCUGAGGCGGUAAUGGGAAGGCGCUGCGCCCCACCGGGGUGUGUGUAUGAACAUGACAUGACAGUGGCAGGGUGUGCAUACUUCGCAGUCAGACAUGAACAUCUUGACUUUCCAAACAUAACACAUGGCAGUCGUGCUGCCCGCAAUAUGGACCUUGUCCUUACCCCGACUUUGAACUUUGACUUCUGACAUGACGACUGACGACGUUUUGACUCGAGGCUGUUGACGGCUGACCAGAUUCGGAAUGCGCAGCGUGCUUAGAUUGUUUUUGUGGUCCCCUGCCUGCCGCGGUGCUGCACACGCGGGUCUGCACUCUUGCUACCGGGGUUCAGCGGCAGGGGCCGGUUGCGGAGGUGGGCGUGCGCGUGUGAGCCGCGUGAGCUCUUCGGAGCUGAGGGGGAACUUGUGUACUGUUGGUUGGUCUGCCCCUGAGAGGGGCCGCCCUGUGUACGAUAGCUUUCGGUUUUGUUUCUGCCUGUUUCAGCCUGCUAUUCGGUUUGACUCAAGAAGUGGAAUUAAUGCCUCAUGGAGAUCCCUGCGCGGGAGGCAAGGCGGGAUCCGCUUUCUCACGAUUGAUUUUUACGCUCGCCCGUGCUUUCACGCUCCCUGCACCGCCAGUUCAUGUUGACGGUGUGCGGACUUGAUGCGGCGGAGGUCCCAGUGUGUUGGAGUGACGCAUCGGAAGACCAGGGCGUGCAUGGGGUGGGCACCCGGCCGGUGAGCCAUCGCCGCGAGCCAGCGCCCGCCUCGCCUGUUCGUCCAUUUUCCAAGGUGCCUGCGCCCUCGGCUUGUAACUUAAGACCAGU